CUAUCUCAGGCGACAGCGCAAAUCCAAAUGGAAAGCUAUCGAUCAAAUUGAGCCUACUUACGACAGUAUGUGUCGCUUUGUUCAGAAAGUGGCACCAUAAUGAAGAUAUUGAAUUCGAAUUGCGCGUGCUGGUGCUUCAUAAUCAUAGACUGAGACUCGCCUGAUGAUUACAUAUGUUACAUCCAUAUUUCCUGUUUCGUUUUUCUAGUUUCCGUCGACCUUUCCAUUUUCAUCAUAGCGAAACCAAAUUACAUACUCCCCUGAACAAUAUUAAUCGAUGUGACCUCUUCUGUUUCCUUGCUUUUGGUACGAGUUUCGCAAGAAGACCGACAAAGCAAGACGAAGAUGAAGCCGAUUAG